UGGUGAUUUUCAUCAAGGGAGAGCAGUCGGAACCAGUGCUUCUGGCGUCGCUGCCGCCAUGCUGUCAGUUGAUCAGGAGCAGGAGCUGGAGCAGAAAAAGAUCAGUGAGCAGGAAGCGCAGAGCUCCACGCCCCAGUCGAUCACACCAGAGAGCAAGAGACGCAGACGAAGCUCUGCAGCAUCAAAUAUGGGCAAGGAGCUCUCCGCAGACCAGAAGGCCAUCGUUAAAAUGUACGUGACGCGCGAUGCCGGCGACGGCAACAUCAAGUGCUGCUACUGCGCCAAGGAGAUCACUUCGCGCAAUGUGGAUCGCUGGGCGUCGCAUCUGCGCGGCUGCGUCAAGACGCCGGACGACAUCAAGGCUCAGAUCCAGCCGUUCCGUGGCGCUGCGUCGCCGACAAACAGCAACACGACUGCCCGAGCUGCACCACAGACGGUGAAGACAGACGUAGCGACCAACGUUGCUGCCGCUGCUCCUUCUGUACCGGCGACUAUACCGGUAGUGGCCCCAGUGCCCACGCCCAACCCCAUGGGCACCGGCUACAACGAGGUGUUCAAGGUGCACGUGUCCAAAGACUACAUGAAGUUCAACGCCGCGCACUUUAUUGCCUACAAGGGAUUUCGCGAGAAGCUGCAUGGACACAAUUACCGUUUGGCUGUCACUAUCACUGGACAGGUUGGCCCGGAUGGCUACGUGGUGGACUUUGGUGAGAUCAAGAAAAUCUCGCGAGUCAUCUGCAAGGACCUGAACGAAUCUUUCCUAGUGCCAAUGAACAGCGAUGCGUUGAAGAUUUCGUUUGACGGCACGAAUGUUCACAUUCUAACGGAAGACAUGGCGAAGUUCAGCUUCCCCAAGGCGGAUUGCUCGCUGCUGCCGAUCGUGCAUUCGUCGGCCGAGGAACUUGCAAUUUACAUCGUACGUGGCUGCAACCUAUUGGCUUUUGUUACUAUCGAGAUGGAAACCUGUUGCUCAUGCCUUUGCCCUUUGUUCAGAGCAACCAACUCAUUGACGCAUUCACGCUCGUUGCACUCCUGGAUCGCGGCGUGCGGAAGAUCGAGGUGAGCAUCUCGGAAGCCAACCAACAGUUCGCCUCGUACGAGCGCACGAUACUAGCGUAGAAAGCGUAGAAUGGGGGCUGCAACUGUCCCCCAAAUCAACCAUUAACUGGAGCGAGGCAAGGACCCCGUCCCAUCGUUUUCUGCGCUUGCUUGCUCUGUCAACGGCGCACAAUACAACGGGCUCAUGCUCUCUCCAACUGCCAGUCUUGCGUUCAUGUUGCACUAACACGUCAAAAAGAUUGCAAUUUUUUUCUUCCAAUC